CACCGUCAACGAGGCUCCACCGCGGUUAUAUUGUUGGAUGCGAAACGCGACGUGUGUGCGCCAUUAUAGUUCACAAUCAAGAAAAAAAAUCAAUUCUAGUGCCAAAGUGCGUGCAAUUAAAGUGCCAAAUUAGGAUUUUGAAAAGCUUAACAAGAUGGAGCGUAUUUUGAGGGGUAUUAUGCGGUACCGGAACACAACCCGCGAACAAAUGGUAAAAGAGUUCCAGAAAGUGCGCGACAAUCCCGAGCCCAAGGCCGUUUUCUUCACCUGCAUGGACAGUAGAAUGAUUCCUACCCGAUACACGGACACUCACGUGGGUGACAUGUUUGUGGUGCGAAAUGCAGGAAACCUAAUACCUCAUGCCCACCACUUCCAGGAUGAGUAUUUCAGCUGCGAGCCUGCUGCCCUGGAGCUGGGAUGCGUGGUGAACGAUAUCCGGCAUAUAAUUGUUUGUGGACAUAGUGAUUGCAAGGCCAUGAAUCUACUUUAUCAACUGAGGGAUCCUGAAUUUGCUUCCAAGCUCAAUCGGCGACUCUCACCCUUGCGAUCCUGGAUGUGCACACAUGCCAACACCAGCUUGGAGAAAUUCCAGGAGUGGCGUGACGCUGGAAUGAAGGACCCCCUGCUAUUCUCCUCCGAGACGCCAUUGCGUCGAUUUGUGGCCUACAUCGAUGAGGAGCAGAAAUUCGCCGUCGAGGAUAAACUAUCCCAAAUCAACACCCUUCAACAGAUGUCUAACAUUGCAUCGUAUGGCUUCCUGAAGGCGCGUUUAGAAUCUCAUGAUCUCCACAUUCAUGCCCUCUGGUUCGACAUUUAUACGGGUGACAUUUACUACUUUAGUAGAGGCGCCAAGCGAUUUGUUGCCGUUGACGAGAAGAGCGUGGAAGAAUUGUCCGCAGAGAUCAGGAGAUUCUACUCGUAGGCUCAGCCGGCGGACCAACUAGAUUAUCUGUGAUAUGUGGGCCUUAUACCGCGUACGGCAUUUACAAGUGACCAAUUGUUUAGGAUUGUUUUGUGUAUUUAUAUGUAUGUAAUAGUUUUUGUAUAUAAACUUAAGGCCUACGAAGGUUUCAACUUACAAAUCUAGGAAAAA